GUUUGGCAUUGCCGCUUGAGAGCUGUCUCACAUCACCUACCGCGGAGUCGCCAAGAAAACCAAACCUCAUUUCUUUUCAUCUCACCUCACUAUUAAGUAUUAAACUUUCACGACACAACACAAAAAGCAUAGUACUAUACAACACCACUUUCUGUUUCUCUUCACUCUAAUGGCCAUGGCAGCGUCUGCAAAGCUCAACACCUUGUCUUCUUCCCAGUGGAUCGCCCACAAUUCCUUCUCUCCUCGCCGUGGAUCCUCUUCUCGCCGAGUCUCUCUUCCGAUCCGCGCAUCUUCUUACCAACACGAACUCGUCCAAACCGCCAAAUCCAUUGCAUCACCCGGCCGUGGAAUUCUUGCAAUUGAUGAAUCAAAUGCCACAUGUGGGAAACGAUUAGCAUCCAUUGGAUUGGACAAUACCGAGGUGAAUCGCCAGGCCUAUAGGCAGCUGCUGCUCACCACACCUGGCCUUGGUGAAUACAUCUCUGGUGCAAUUCUUUUUGAAGAAACCCUUUACCAGUCAACAACAGAUGGAAAGCAAUUUGUUGAUUGCCUCCGCGAUCAGAACAUUGUGCCUGGCAUCAAAGUUGACAAGGGUCUGGUCCCUCUGCCAGGGUCAAACAAUGAAUCUUGGUGCCAAGGGUUAGAUGGAUUGGCUUCUAGGUCUGCCGAAUACUACAAGCAAGGUGCUCGAUUUGCCAAGUGGAGGACCGUUGUUAGCAUUCCAUGUGGUCCUUCUGCAUUAGCUGUCAAGGAAGCAGCAUGGGGACUUGCACGUUAUGCUGCUAUCUCUCAGGACAAUGGUCUUGUGCCAAUCGUCGAGCCUGAAAUUCUUCUUGAUGGAGACCACCCAAUUGAGAGGACGCUGGAAGUGGCUGAGAAGGUCUGGUCAGAAGUCUUUUUCUAUUUGGCUGAAAACAAUGUCCUUUUUGAGGGAAUUUUGCUCAAACCUAGCAUGGUUACACCUGGGGCUGAACACAAGGAAAAGGCUUCUCCAGAAACCAUUGCCAAAUAUACUCUAACCAUGCUUAGAAGAAGAGUUCCUCCUGCUGUCCCUGGAAUCAUGUUUUUGUCUGGUGGACAAUCUGAAGUGGAAGCAACACUAAAUCUUAAUGCAAUGAACCAAAGUCCCAACCCAUGGCAUGUUUCUUUCUCAUAUGCACGGGCUCUUCAGAACACCGUGCUAAAGACAUGGCAAGGACACCCUGAGAAUGUGGAAGCUGCUCAAAAGUCCCUUUUGGUGCGUGCUAAAGCAAACUCCUUGGCUCAACUUGGAAGAUACUCUGCUGAGGGUGAGAGUGAAGAGGCCAAGAAGGGAAUGUUUGUCAAGGGCUAUACCUACUAAAACUUUAGGAGUCUUUUGGUUUCAGUUUUGUUUUAGCUAUUUAUCAUCAUUCCUUCUUAGCAGUGAAUUCGAAGGGGACUUAGAUGUUGUAUUUUUAUUUUUUUUCAACUUCUAGCAAAUGAGAGUUUGAAUAAAUUGAAAAGCUAGAAAGAAAGGUUUUCUUGGUAAAAUGGAAGUUGGGGAUUAGUAAAAACCCAAAUGGAAAAAGAACAGAAGAAAAACAAAGUUUACUGCUUAGUAAUAUUUUAUUUGCCUGUUCAGAUUUUGCUCUCGACAGUCCAGUUUGAGAUUGGAGUUUGGCAUAUUUAUUCCGCA